CCUGCUUCAUUUAACAGAAGUCUUGUUAGUAUUCAGACGAUUCAAUUCAAAAGAAGUUGCCGCUGUUAGCAUCUUGAAAAAGGCGAUGAGUAAAAUGCUGCAAACUUCAGAAAUCGAACGUUUUCGGACAGAAGUAUUGAUUUCCCACAAUGAAUACCGGGCUCAACAUGGUACUGCACCAUUACGCUUAUCUUUUCAGCUUAGUGACGCAGCUCAGUCACUCGCUGUAAAAUUAGCUCAAAGUGAGAACCUACAGUUCAGUUCUAAAAGUGAUGUCUUCAAUGACAGUAUUGCUUACACAUGGGGAUCACAGUUAACUGGAACUUUAGUUUCACGAAUGUGGUACGAAGAGGGAAACAACUAUGAUUAUCAAAGUAGAAAUUUAUGUAAGUCCACUCAACAUUUUACGCAGCUGCUAUGGAAAGGAUCGCAAGAAUUAGGAGUAGGAAGGGCAAGAAAUAAAUAUGGUAAAGAAGUUAUUGUUGUGCGAUACCAGCCCCCUGGUAACAUUGAAAAAUUUAUCGAUAACGUUGCUUGCAAGACGAUAUCGUUAAUGAAUAAAACAUCAGUCAUCGACCCCAUCUCUCAAAAUAGUUAUCCAGGAUUACGCCAGUUCCAAGAAGAUUGUCUAGCAGCCCACAAUAGAUACCGUCAGCGUCAUGGUGCAAAUUCUUUGCAAUGGUCGUAUAAACUAACACAAGAAGCUCAAAAGUGGGCAAAUCAUUUGUUAAAAACAGGCACGCUUACUCAUAGUGGCAACACUUCUUACGGAGAAAAUUUAGCUGGUCGGAGGAGCUAUGAUCUGACUGGGAAAAAGGCUACAAAAUUGUGGUACGACGAAAACAAGAUGUUCGAUUAUGAUGCUCCAAAGUUUUCCUCAGAAACCGGAAAUUUUACUCAGCUUGUAUGGCGUUCCAGUCAUUAUUUUGGUGUUGGAAAAGCUUGCAGUAAAGACAUGUGUAUCGUGGUUGCUUAUUACUUCCCGCCAGGAAAUGUUAUAGACGAAUUUGAUGAGAAUGUUGGUGCUCUUGAGGAUAAUUCCCCAACAGGAGAAAAUGAAGAAUGUAUGCUUGGAAACAGCACAGUAGAACUUGGAUAUUUUGACCUUGAAAAAUUUCAAACGGAGUUCAUGGUUUUUGCCAAUUAUCUCCGUGCACGACAUGCGUCUCCGCCUCUUACAACCUCCCAUCUGUUAAUGGCCAACGCACAAAACUGGGCAAACAACCUUUUGAAAUCUGGUAAAACAACAUACAUGAAUGAAGACAGCUUUGGCGAGAGUAUUGCUUAUUCUCAACGUGAAGACCUAACAGCCUUUAAGGUCUGUCACCUUUGGUACGAUGAAAUACAAAACCACGACUUUCUCAGCUCGUCCUGCAACCCUGAGUCAAUUAACUUUACUCAGUUGAUCUGGCAUGGUACUCGAGAAGUAGGAAUUGGAAAGGCUGUGGGGAGACAUGGUUAUUCUAUUGUGGUAGCCCAUUAUUUUCCUGCUGGAAAUAUCGACGGCAUGGUGACUGAAAACGUUGCCAAGUUAUCAAACGCCGACGUUAAAGAAGUCCAUGAAGUUCUCAAGAGAAGCUAUACAACGAAAGGAAAAGACAGUAGAAUGACUUCGUCACCACGGACAGGUGAAACUUUUGUCUUCCGUCCACCAAGUGGUGAAUUCAAUCAACUUGUUUGGAUUGAUCGCUCAGCUACUCCUUUAGAUCUUUCUAAGUUGCACGAGUCAAAUGAUAUUUCAGAGUCAAAGGAGAAUAUGUUAAAUUUUGAAAGCCCUCCACCAAGUCCUUCAAGAGCUCUCAACCAAAUAAAUGAAUUACUGAAAAGUUCAACAAAUACGUGCGAAACUGGUUCUAGCUGUGAAGAGGAUGGAAAUGAAGAGUUGAAAUCAACUGAUAAGGAAGAAUGUAUUUUUCUGAGUAAGUCUACCUCACGGGAAGAUGUCGAAAGUGAUAAUGGGUGUUUGUACCAGCAAUUAACACGGACAUUUAGUAAUGAUGCAGAAAAUGACGUUGAUCAAAAUGCCCAUGCUACUUACUUUGAAGAGUCUAGUCAAGGUGUUCCUAUUUUUGCCAAAUCUUCGAGUGAAUACGAGGAAGAAACUUGCCAAGAACUAGAAGAAAAUUUUGUUAUGGGAACUCAAGAUUACGUAAACAAGGAGUCGGGUAGCUACCUCUUAAGAAGUAGUAAACCAUACAAGCGUUCACACAAUGAAGACUUUGGAGAGGUUAAAGAGAUUUCAUUAAUUAAACAAUCUGAGACACAGGAAUCGCAAGACUGGGGAUUACUCAAUAACCUUUUAAGUAACUCAAGGAUUUCAGCCCAUGUUGAUUUCAAAGAAGAUGAAGAUCUUGCAGAUCAUGUGGAGCCCGGGUGUGUUUUUCUCGGUCAAACUAAGGCAAGCAGUUUUGACUCUGAAAACUUAACAGGCGAAAUGGAAGUUGAACAAAUGCCUGUUUUGGAGUACACUCUUACUCAGUCAAAGGUAAAGUCAUGUGAAGAAACGUUUUCCAAAAAUUCACUUGAGAAUGUUUUCUCAGAAAUGGACGAUAAAGGAAAUGAUCUUCAAUUCACAUAUGCUGCAAAAAUUCGAACAGACCAAUUUGGUAAGGAGUGUAAUAUUAACAAAGAAAAAGCAGUCGUAAUCAGUUUUGAUCCACAAAAAAGUGCUUCAAAUGACACAGAUGAUAUAGAAAUGGUAAAAAAAGAACAGAAAUGUGCGCAACUUGAAACAGAAGAUUUAUCUUCACAACUUUCCAAUGAUAAAUAUUUAAAUACAGUUUGCAAGGGAAAUUUGGAAGUAGUAUCCUAUACGAGUGAGAUGAUUCAAUCAGAUGUCAACAAAAAAAUUAAACAAGAGGUCACAGUGUACACUCCUGAAAAGAGAUGCAUAAAGAAGAAUUGAGCCACCGUGAUCAUUUUUAUGACGAGAAAAAAACAGCAAAAUGUAAUAAUGAUAAUGAGGAAAUUGUUCUUCACGAAGAAUUUCACGAC